AUAAUUAAUGAAGCUGGCUGUCUAAUUUGGACUUACAUUUUACAAAUGUAUAAAUGUAUUAUCCUGUGGUUGUAAUAUAAGACAGCCUAAGUAAUUGGGACCAUCUUGUUCUCAAUCCAGUUAGCAAACUGUAAGGUUUAUCUUUAAUAACAUAUGCCACACCUAAAUACAUUUUCCCACCAAAUUAAUUUAAGGUACCAAUGUAUCCCACUCCCACAUGCUGUAAUUGAAUCCCUUAUAUUUCCAUCAACAACUCGAACUUCUUGUCUCCACCUUCCUUCACUAUAAAUCGCACCCCGAAUAUCGAAUCUUUAAAGAUUUCAGUUUUCCGCCCCCACUUAACCUAAAAUGAUCACCGGGAAAAAACUCGCUAAUAUGGCCAAGAAAUGGCGGAAAAUUGCCGCCCUCCAAAGCAAGAGAAUCCCGUUUCCAAGAAACGGUAGUUUUGCAGUCUACACCGUCGAUCAGAGGAGAUUUGUGGUUCCAUUGGCUUAUCUUGAAAAUUCAAUAUUCAGACACCUUUUGAAGAUGUCAGAAGAGGAAUACGGGCUUCCGAGUGACGGGCCUAUAGUAUUACCGUGCGAUUCACUCUUCAUGGACUACGCCAUUUGCUUGAUCAGACAAGGCCGAGGUCUGGAUCAUUUCCAAGAAGCUUCUAGAAGCCCAUGCUCCUCGUCGUGCUUGUACCAAGGGCAGAUGAAUCACCAGUUGCUUAUACAUUGAGCACUGCUAUAAUAGAAUA